AUGCCUUCUGCCACGUGGCAAUGUCCGGCAGGACCACCUAAUUACUAUUUGACAAUUUUACAUUCUAUUGGAUUUUUCUCGGUGCCAAUUAACUUUUUGUGCAUCUAUCUGGUUUGGUUUCAUACACCAAAGGACUCGAAAUUCCGGUAUUGUUUACUGUAUGUGCAGAUUGUCGCAUUUUUUGUGGAAAUUGACAUGUCUUGGGUAUGCCCGGGUUAUUAUUUAUUUCCAAUGAUGGGAGGAUAUAAUAUUGCAAUAACCAGUAAAAUUUUUUCUGGACAUCAGAAUACGGUAGCUCUGUUGGGGAUUACUGUAGUUUCGGUUUUUGGCGCUUUCAAGUUCUGUUUCGAGCUUCCCAGUCUCCUACUAUGCUUCAUUUAUCGCCAAAACGCGGCGGCCGACUUGGAUCAGAAAUUCAAAUUAAAUCGAUAUUUCAUAAACUCGGUCAUUGCCACGUGUCACACAUUUCCAUUUGUCAUAGCUUUUUGCCUAUUAGAAUCUGGGUUAAGCCAUCAGGAAAUGCUGAAAAUUGUGGCUACGGACUGGCCAAAAUGCAUGCAUGUGUUUGAAAAUGAGGGAUUUGUCAUCUACGAUCCAAGUGGCAACUUCUGGAGCGCUGCUGUUGGGAUAGCUGCCUUGGCCUACAUUUCCAUAUUCUCAUUAUUUGGCGCAUUUCUAGGCAUCCACACUAUGUAUAUACUUCAAAAAGUUCGAUUCCAUCUUUCCCGGCAGACAUAUGCCGUUCAUAGAACUGCUAUGAUUAAUUUGGGAUUACAGAGUCUUAUCCCAACAGUUUGUAUUAUAAUCCCGUUCAAUUUCAUUUUCCUAGUGGUCUACAAUGAUUGGUGGCAAUUUCAAGAAAUCGCCACAAACACUUUGUUCGUGAUGGCUGCACAUUCAAUGGUCUCUUCAACAGUCUUAAUUCUAUCAAAUCGACGAUUUCGAAGUUUGAUAGUUGAGAAAUUUGAAAAUUUCUCCAAGCCAUUUCUCUACACAAUUCCAGUGGAAGCGACAACUGUUCGGAUAUCUCCAAACACUACGAUUCUACCUCGAAAUUGA